AUGGACGAUGUUACAGAUCAACUUCAUGAUACCAAAAACCCCGUGGCACAAGAAGAAGCCGCCAUCAAGGUAGAAAGUGCAGGGUUCCAGCCAUCUCACACACUGCGGGAGUACGAGCGUUUAUUCGGAGUCGAUGAAGAUGCCUAUGAGCAGCCUACCACGACCAGGAAGGAGCUUUGGUCUUAUUACCUUUACUACAAUGGGGACAACGGCGUGGGUCCAGGAUCAUACAGCCAAGCCCUCUUUCAGUGGGCAUUGAAUGGUGCAGGUUUUCAACCCGACACUGAUCCACCCAAGCCCUGCACCAAUACAUCAGCAUGCGUGGUUCCUUGGGCGGUCAUUUUUGUCUGGCUCGGAAGCGCUGCCGACUACGGAUCUUUCGGCAGAUGGCUUCUUCUGGUCCUGACUGUCGUCUGCUGGGCGCUGCAGUACGGUAUGAUGGCCAUCCGCGAUCCAAGUCAAUGGCCCAUUGCCAUGGGCCUGUACGUUGUCGCGUACAUUGCCUACGGUGCUACCCUAGUUUUUUAUGCUGCUGUCUUCCCUCGUCUCGCUCGGUACAUGCCGCAUGUCCGCAAAGCUCGAGAGGAGGAUCUGAGAGAGGGCAAGAUUGAUCAGCAGGAGUACGACGCUAUCGAGUCAUUGGAGAGAAACCAUCUCAGCAACGUGUCUACUGCUCACAGUAAUAUCGGGUAUCUGCUCACCCUCGCCCUGAAUCUAAGUGUCCUACUACCCAUGCAGAACAACCAAUACUCCAACAACCUUGCGCUCUGCCUGACAAAUUCCUAUUGGGUGGUCCUAGGUAUUUGGUGGUUCAUAUUCCAGCAGAAGAGACCCGGACCAAAGAUCCCCAAAGGAUCCAACUACGCUACCAUUGGCUUCAAACAGAUCUGGCUGGCCAUUCGAGAAAUCAAGGCCCUACCACAGACAUUUCUGUACUUCGUGGCCUAUUUCCUUCUCGCCGACGGGCUAAACACAACAGGUACUCUCGUCAGUAUCAUCCAAAAUGACUACGUGGCGUUUUCUUUCCUACAACUCACCUACCUUGGUAUCGCACAAGCGGCUUGCUCUAUCACUUCCACCUUUGGGUUCUGGUACAUCCAGAAAUACUUCAAGUUCAAGACCAAGACAAUGUUCUUAUUUACCAACUUCUUCAGCGUCUUCAUACCAUUCUGGGGCAUGUUGGGUCUGUGGACCAACAGGAUCGGUUAUCACAAUAGGUGGGAAUUCUACUUCUAUAAUAUCAUUUUUGGACUUUUCCAAGCACCUUACUAUGCAUACGCCCAAACAAUGAUCAGUGAACUUAUGCCUAGAGGCUAUGAUAACAUGUUCUUUGCUCUUUUCGGUAUCACCAAUCGCGCGUCUUCAAUUAUCGGUCCAAAUGUCAUCCAGGCUAUCAUCAACGAUACCAACAACAACUGGAUGGGCUUCCCUUUCCUAUUCGCCAUCUGCACCGCCGCAAUGAUCGCCAUCGCCUUUGUGGAUAUUGAGAAGGGCCGUAGAGAUGCCAGAGCCUUUACUGAGAAACGCAAAGUAGAUCGUGUGGUAGCUGAAACCGGCCUUCCUGCCAAUGCAAUUGUGAAUGGGAAGAUGGUGGAUGAUGGCGCAGUGGCUACUGGAACCGAUGCUCAUUCUACCGAAGUGCAGUGA